CCUCGCCAUCUCUCAUUAUUUCAGUGAAGGUUCCAUUAGAGAGAGGGAAGUGUAGAAGUGGGAUUCCGACGUAGAAAGCAGAGUGUGGUGUGAAUAGGCUUUCUCCUUUAUUCUGGGUGUAUGUUGGAUUCCGAAGGCACUUCACUCGUCAAGACGCCUGUGACUUCCGACUCCAAGUUCUCCAAGCAAUGGAGAUUUCUUAAUGAAAAAGAAUUUGCAGCUGUUGUCGGCGCAGAGUUUCUUUUCAUCUUCUUCUUCUUCUUCAGUCUGUCUGCUAGGUGGCAUCUGAUUUAUUGAAGAAAUUUUGUAUUCAGAAAUGGCCAGAGUUUGCUGGCCGUAUUUCGAUCCUGAGUACGAGAAUUUCAACACCAGAAUGAAUCCUCCAAGGGUUUCAGUGGAUAACUCGAGCUGCAAAGACUGCACUCUUGUCAAGGUUGACAGCCUGAACAAACCAGGAAUAUUGCUUGAAGUUGUGCAAGUCCUAACAGACCUUGAUCUCAUUAUCACCAAAGCUUACAUCUCCUCUGAUGGCGGAUGGUUCAUGGAUGUAUUCCAUGUCACCGAUCAGCAAGGAAACAAGGUUACUGAUGUCAAAACCAUUGCAUACAUUGAGGAGGCUCUAGGACCAAAGGGCCACACCAGAGAUGGACUGAGUACAUGGCCAGGAAAACGGGUGGGUGUGCACUCUGUUGGGGAUCACACAGCCAUUGAACUCAUUGGCAAGGACCGUCCUGGCCUCUUAUCUGAAAUCUCUGCUGUUCUUGCCAACCUCCACUUUAAUGUGGUUGCUGCAGAAGUCUGGACGCACAAUCAGCGAAUAGCAUGUGUAUUGUAUGUCAAUGAUGAUGCCACAUGCCGUGCUGUGGAUGACCCAACCAGAUUAUCUCUCAUGAAGGAACAGCUAAAGCACAUCUUGCGUGGGUGCGAGGAUGAUGAGAGAGUGGCUCGCACCAGUUUCUCCAUGGGGUUCACGCAUGUUGAUCGUCGACUUCACCAGAUGUUAUUUGCUGAUAGAGACUACGAAGGUAGUGGAAGUGGAGUAACACCAGAGGUUGAUUAUCCUCUCUCCUUAAAACCAAAGAUUACUAUUGAACGCUGUGAGGAAAAGGGAUACUCAGUAGUUAGUGUCCAUUGCAAGGAUCGAGCUAAACUUGGUCUAAGCCUAGAACUCUGUGCAAAAGAUAGAGUAGGCUUGCUGUCUGAAGUAACAAGAAUUCUGAGGGAGAAUGGAUUAUCAGUUACAAGAGCAGGUGUGACAACAAUCGGGGAGCAAGCUAUGAAUGUAUUCUAUGUGAGAGAUGCUUCAGGGAAUCCAGUAGACAUGAAGACCAUCGAAGCACUACGUAAAGAAAUUGGACACACCAUGAUGCUUAAUGUGAAAAAGGUUCCAUCCAGUGCAAAGGCACCAGCUGAGGCCAAGGGAUGGGCUAAAGUAAGCUUCUUCUUUGAGAAUUUGUUGGAAAAGUUCUUGGCUUGAAAAUCAUGUGGAUAUGACUUACAGAUGUACCGUAAUGUAUAUAAUCAUAAUUCCGUUCUGAAACAAAUAAGGGCAAAGCCUAUCAUGUAUAAAAUGUGUGACGGUGCAGGUUAAAGCUAAGGCUUUGGAGCUUCUAAGUUGUUUCAUGUCGAAUAGAACUGAAGCAAGAAGCUUGCUUAGUUUAUUGGAACUUAUGACUUGACCAAGUAUACUAUUUGACUUAGAAUGGCAGUAAGUGAAUUUGAAAGAUAAGAGAGGUUUGCUUGUUC